AUGCAAGAUAAUGAAGGAGUGACGAUGAGGAGGCUUCGAAUGUUUUUAUUUGAUUGCAAUCAUGAUAGUGUUGAUGCUCUUCAUGACAAGACUUUGAAUUUAUCAGAGAAGAAUUGUAUAGGAGAGAGGAGGAUAAUGAUGGUGAAUGAAUUAAAGUCUCGGAACGAAAUGUUGUUGUUGAUGGAAGGAGGAGGAGACCAAGUUGUAAAUAAUAGUAGUAAUUUAUUGAAUGUAUAUAAGAGGAGGUGGAUGGCAUAUAUUGUAAUUGUAUUAUUUGCUUGUACUUUGAUUAAUUUUGUAUCUAGUCAACCUUAUGCAAAUAGUAUAAUGUUUUCAAAAGUUGUUCAUCAUAAACCAUCACAACAAAAAGAUCCACUCAUGAUUGUUGUUGGUGAAGUUACAGAUACCUCUGCUAGGAUAUUGUAUGAAUGGGCACCUCCAUAUGUGAUCAGAGAUUUACAGAAUCCACAAGAUAUUAGUUUAUUUGUGGAUGUAAAGAAGAGAAUUGAAACUAUUUUUGCUUCUAAAUCGAAUAUUAAAAUGUACAAGCAGAAUAAGGAUGAUUUUGAAUUUAUUUAUUUAAUGAUGACAGAACAAGAAAGACUUGAAUGGACUAAACAGCAUACAUCUCAAUAUAAGAUUGUUUUGAGAAGAACUGAUACGAGAACAGUUGUUAAUGGAAAGGAUAUUCAUGGACAAGUUGUGGAAGUGAAAGAUAGAGAAGGACCUAAAGUUUUACAAUUUACUUCAUUAAUUCCAAACACUUGUUAUACUGUUGAAUUUAUUAGAUUAGAGAGCGUGAAUGAAGAUGAGGAUUAUGCUACUUUUUGUACAAUUUCUACAGACCCAUUUUCACUGACAUCAAAUGUUAGGAUUGCAGCUAUGAGUUGUGACAGGCUUUUUGAGGAUGAAGAUAUCACUACCUUUGAUGAGUUUUACAUUGAACACCAAAAUAAUUUAUGGGAUUAUGUUAUCCAUUUGGGAGAUCAGGUUUAUGCUGAUUGGGUUUAUCAUGAAUAUGUAAAAAAGAUUAAUCCUGAUGCCACUUUUGAUGAUUUAGUGAAUGCUUUCAGAUAUGUUUAUAGAAAUACAUGGAAAUAUAAUGCUGUACAGAGGAUUUUAAGACACGGUUCACACUUGAUGAUUCCAGACGAUCAUGAUAUUAUCAAUAACUUGGAUAGAUGGAUGAUGGAACAAGACUCAAAUCAACAAUUUAAGAGAAUGAUAUUGGCAGGAAAGGAGGUAUUUUUUGAAUAUCAAUACCAAUUGAUCAAGGAUUCUCUUGUUGCAGGUUCUAGACAAGAAUUGGUGAGUAAUGAACCUAUUUAUUAUUUCAGAGACAUUGGUAUCGCUUGCAUAGCACUGAUGGAUCUGAGAUUUGAAAGAACGUUCAAUGGAGACUCUACUCAUCCAUUAUUUGGAAGUAAGCAACUUAAAGAGCUUCAAUCAUUCUUGAGUACAUGCAUGAAUAAUGAAAAUAGAUCGAUCAAGAUUAAGAGGGCACUUAUUUUCACUUCAAUACCAAUCCUUUUCUUUGGAGAUACUUUUUCUAGUGUUGUUUAUGCUGCAGAGAAGGAAAGAUAUACCACUCACCCAGAUUUCAAACAAGAUGUCAUUAAUUUCCUUGAUUAUUUAUCUAAUACAUACGGUACCUAUAGAAUAGUAUUUGUUGGAGGAGAUAUUCAUCAAUUUUUAAAGUCAAGAAUUUGUAAAUCACCAGAUCAAUGUUUCGAACAGUUGAUAACAAGUGGAAUGACCAUAGCUUCUACAGUUUCAAGUGAAUUCAAGAUUAUUGUGGCCAAUUUGAUAGAUUUCUUCUUCUUUGCUAAUCCAACACUCGAUCAUUGGUAUCUGGUCAGAAAAACUAAUGAUGAAGAUGAGCCACUUUUGCAACAUUCUAUUCGAAGAAAUUAUGGUAUUAUUGAGAUGAAACCCGAUGGAAAUAUUGCCCAACUUAAAGGAUCUGAAUCCAGAUAUUACAACAGAAGAGAUUAUUUGGUACAAUUGCUAUUCGACAAGGGUUCAGGAUACAUGUUAGGAACACUUAUUUUCCUUUCUGGAUUUGUAUUUCCAAUAUCUGUAGUUGUCUAUACUUUUAGAUUUUUAAGAUUUUUAUAUAAUUAUUUCAGUCAGGGAAAGAAAAAAGAACAUUCCAAUUAA